UUCCCCGGCUGCCUCAGUGCGUGCCUUCGUGCGGCAGGCGCGCGCUGGCCACACGAGUGGCGGCAUUUAUUACGGCCGCGCGCGCGGCCGGAUGGGUGUUGGGCGUAUCAUUCUCCCAGGAGAGGACCGGCCCUCGCCUCGUCGGGUGGAUGGUUUCCUUCGCCCGCAUCGUUGGCCUCGCGUUCUGUCAUGUUGUUUAUCAAGUGCUACUUGGUGGCGUGGCGCGAGCGCGAUUGUAGUGUCUGCUGCCGAAUUCGUACUCGCGUGCGUCGGCAGGGGCGGCUGCAGAUGUUUUUCUGGCCCAUGAAGAUAAUCUCUUCGAUCUCGUACGAGUAUUCCUUGACCAAGAUAUUAGAGAAGUGUGGCGUUUUGAUUGCUCUACCUGUACCCGUAUUACAGAUAGAAAAAAUGUCGGUAAUAUUUGUUGAGAGUGACUUAUGUUUUCCAUUGACAAGAAGUAGAUAUGCAAGCAUCGCCCUAAGCGGUGAAGGUGAACUCCAGCAAAGUACUGUACAACUUCCGGCCGGGACUUCGAAAAAAGCCGAGCAUUAGCAAAAGAGGGCCACAGGAGGAAUGCAGAAUAACGAAAAAGCGUACGAGGAACAGGAGCAGCAGCGGAAAUAAAGGACACAAGUUCUUCUACUUCCGGAAUGUAUAUUGUGAGGCUUCAGACUAGAAGUCCAAGUCUUCUUUUCUGCCGGCAUAAUAUACGAAAAGAAGAAGGUGACCUAAAGAACUUCGAGUCAAAAGUUCGGGUAGUUCUUGCAGCAGGAAUAAAGUUAAUAGUUGUGGACGAGAAGUCAACGACUAGGACCAGCGGACAGAAACGCGCGGAGCGAAGAGGAUGUGCAGUUAUCUGUCGAACCGGAGUGGUUUCCGUGCUGCGGCAGCCCGGGGACGUGGUUGGCGCGGAGAGGUUCGCCUUGUGGGAUUUGGUGUCGUGAUAAUUUGUCGCGCAUUUCUUAACGGGUUUUUGGGGACGCGCGAUGCAGAAUUCUUCGUGGAAGGCAAGAUGAACAACCUCGGCUUGAAUUAUACCGGUAGAAACGACUCGGACUCCGUCUCCGACUGCCACCCCGCCUUUCGCUUGCCUCGGGGCCAUUCUGUGAGAUUACUGCGUGACGGGAAGAUGAACUUCGGAACAAGCUGCUCUUCCUUCGGACUACAACAGCGUGCCGCACUGCAACAUGAUGAUGAAGAGAUGCAACAAGAAGGCGACGUCCCGCCUCGUAAGGCGGCCGGACAAGCAGGAACAACUACUGGCUCCGGAAACACGACCGAAGAAAGCGACACCAGCCUCACAGAAUUCAUCUCGAGCUCAGAACCAAUGAUGACACCGAGGUUGCCGAGAGUCCGGGCGUGUGCGAAUCUGGCAACAAUGAUCCUCAGCAGGGGACGAACUGCCGCCGAGGCGCAAGAUGAUGUUAAGCUGCCGCACCCCUCCAUUUUGGGCAGCGACCUCUCUUGCUGGUCCUCGUGUUGUGCUUCUCGUUCUUCUGUGAAAUCGGGGGAUGAAGCUGAGCCAGCAGCUUUGCCAUCUUUUCCCAGCACAGCGGCUCGUGACAGUCGCACUUCAGCCGGCCCGCCUGUGCCUCCACUGAUUUCUGUUUUCGAGCCUGUUACUGCUACUUCUUUCCGCGAGUCGCGGAACCUCCGUCGCCAAGAAGGCCCGAGUGGAAAAGCGAAAGCCGGAAGAACUUGGGAAGGACGAAAGGAAGGCGGUAUUUAUUUUCCGCUUGCGUCGGCGGAUGUUGACCCCUUUGUCCUUCGCCACACGUCACAAAAACUGCGAGAUUCGGCCGAAGGAAAAAUCUUCACCUAUCGUCCGGGCAAAAGGAACGGUCCACGUGCGUCGCGCCACAGCAGCACCCCGAUCGAGGAUCCAGAUGUAGAAAUAUUAAGUGCGGACGAUCAACAACAGCUUCAUCGUGGUGGAGGCCGAAACCCUGGAGGUUCAUCUUCCGCAAUGAGUAAGCCUAACGCGGCGGCCCGGAAAACCCGCAAGGCCGAGAAAAAAAGUUCCGUCUCCUCGGAAGUUGAUGCUGCUGCAAGUUCGUCUUUUGAGAAGCUUAUGGCUUUUCGCGCCGCACCGGCACCAACACCGUGGUCGGGCCGCAUCGCAGAGGCUGUACAACAACCGCUAUGGAAUGUAGAAGGAUACUAUAUCAAUCUGGGUCCUCUGGAAGGACGAAAAGUGGAACUUGUAACGCUGCGUGUCUGGCAUUUGUGGAAAAUCUGUGUUGCUUGAGCAGAGAAAAAGUGAUUUGUCACGUGCAGACACAAUUUGUGAUGUGUGCUAGGUGUCAGAAAGCUUUCCAAAAACUUGUCAUGCCUGGCUGCCAUUGCAAGCGUUGCAUUUAUCCGCAGCCCAGACCAAGACACCAUUUUUGAAAUGCAUAACCGCCACCGGAUCCGGAUGCGAACGAUGUGACGAGCAGCGACUAUGGAACUGUCAGGAUUGAAAUCGUCAAAGUUGAAAUAGUUUGUGAUGCAUAAAAUGGAUGCCAGUUGGAACCCAGUUUCCAAGUAGCGCAUGACAAAUUUUGGCGAUGCCUAAAUCCAGUUUGUCAUGCUGUUUAGGCAAAGAUGACUGAUUUUCUCAUGCUACUUCAGCAGCUCGAGCUCUAACCCCGAAGAGGCUUACAAUCGGCCCCCCUUGCCUGCUCUGCAACGCACGCAUUUCGCGCUACGCAUUUUAUGCAUCACAAAUUAUUUCAACCUUGGCGAUUUCAAACCUGACGCUUCCAUAGCGACGAGGACCUAGGCGGUGGAUGGGAUGAAUAUUUUUCCAAACUGGAAAGGGAGCAGGCAGAGGCACGAGCACAGGAAAGUGACGGGCCCGACGACGGUCCCUUUAUUUUCGAUCGCCCGGCCUUAUCCGGGGCAGCAGAACCGAAAAAUGCAGGUGGUUUGACUGCGAGAAGCUCCUUGUUGCGGGGAGCGGGAAGCGGAUCGGGGAGUAGCGCGCUUGUGCGUCUAGCGGGAGCGGGCGAAAGGAAUUCCAAAUACUGAAAAAGAGAGAUGUGACUCGAGGGAUGGAAAUUGAAGGGUCACAUCAAGUGGCAGGCGUCUUCCUUUCUUGAAAAAUGAUCGUGAAGAUUCGGAUGACAGAUGUGUCAGUAUUUAUAUCACGCACCGAUAUUUUAUUUUUUUGCAAACCCAAACUUGCUAGUGUGCGGAGGCGGACAGGGCCCGAGCACCCUUGUAUAUAAUCGAAGACUCUGACUGAUUGGCAAUUGUUGAAUAAACGAUUUAUGGAAGAGAUUGGUGGUAAUUUGGUAAAGUGUCCAGACAGAAAUACAACUACGACCUGAAGAUACGAGACUGUUGAUAUGCUGCAAGAAUAUAUAGAAAUCAAUAUGGAAGACGAGAAAUAAGAUCUUUGCUAAUGAUGGGACGUAGCUGCUCGCGUACUAUUUGUUUCUGUUUAUUACAUACAUGACCUUUUUGCUGAAGGUAUUUGAUGUAAAACCUAGACAAGUAGUAAGAAUGCGCCGUCAUCUUUCUACGCCCUCGGCUAUGAAUGCGUAAAGACUGCACCGUGCGCAGACUUGCAACAUAGCCAAGGCAAGCAAGAAGCUCUGUUUGCAUUGACCUCGAUACGAUCUCAUUUUAGUGUGGUAGUGCAGGUAACGUAAGUUGUAAAGAAAUCCACCUAAAAAAUCGCGAGAAUGGAACAGAGUCGUAGAUCCAAGCGCGCCCGAGACUUCGCGAAUGUAUCGGACUUCCAAUUUUGCCAAUAAUGAAUUGAAUAUAAUGAAUUUCAGAAUCGCAAAUGGAUGCCCGGACCAUCGAUGGCGCUGCCACUUGAUGGCGAGUAAAGUGACCGGAUGCCGGCCACCAAUGUAGUUUGUAGAGGUGAAAGACAAGAAGGAAUAAGUAUUUUUUUCAGGGCAAUCUUUCUUGUGGCC